AUGGGCUGCACGUCUUCCACACCGCUCAAUGACGAGCCACCCCCCGGACACUUCGUUCUUCCUGCCAACGCGGUCAUAGAGGUCCUCAAAGUUACGCAGGAGGAAUUCUUCUUGUCGUUUAUGGGUGCCCUCGUCGAGAUGCUAUACGAGCCAACGUUGUGGUCCUUCUAUUUCGGCAUACCCGCCAUCCAAAUCUACUUUGUCGACGACGGCAGCAGUCCUCAAGUGCUCAUCGUUUUUGGGAGGGAGGAUGGGUUAUGGCUCCCGUCCGCAGACCUGGUCAACUCAGUGCCCAAGCUCCCGUCCGCCAUAUCGAACACUGAGAUGGUCGCCCACAUCACCGAAUUAUGGGCAGACCUGUGCGCGUCUGGCGGCGUACUCAAUGUCGACCGGCCUGCGCGAGUGGUGGUCACCUUCACGCCCCACACCGAAUUGCCCACGAAUGUGUUCGCACGGUUUACGUCGACGACGGGGCGAGCAGGCAUGCCUGCAGUCACAGCGGCCGCCGGGAUGUCAGAGUGGCUCAGACUCCUGCAGACACCAGGCGAAGGCCCCAUGACCGCCGCGGACGAGUACCUCGGCAGUUUCAAGGACCAGACGGGUGGCGGGGACGCGACAGCCACGCUCAACAUCGACUUGCGUGAGCUCAACACUGCGUCCAUUGGCAAACAAACAAUGGCGGACACGGUACACUUAUUGCGCGCGGAUCCGAUCGUCCAGUUUGUCCAGUCUCUCAGGGAAAUCCUUCCCGGCCUCGUGUGUUCAGUCUGGGAGCGAUGGACCGAGUACAUGCCAAACUCGACGUCGGUUUGGGUGUACGGCGUGUUUGUCGACGGCAACUCGUUCAUGGCGGUGUCGAUGCCAGGUGACGGUGGCAAGCCCAAAGCAGAAGGCAAAGAAGUGCUGGCUUCGGCAAUCGACCCACUCAUAAACUUGUGUCGAGAGGGACCACCUGGCGUCGGCUCGCCCUCUCGCUUCAUCUUCAAGUACUCGCCAAAGAGGACAUGGAAAGGGGAGCGGAUAGAACUCGACCUCACGUGGUUGCCGAGGCACUCUUCUGCAGAACCUUUCGACAAGACAUUGGACGACAUGUACAAGUGGGUCGAGGCGCUCAUGAACGACGGUGAGGACGCUGCCAUGUAUUUUAUCCACUCGACGCCAUCCGUGAGGUCCAGACGUGGUGACAUAACCUUUAACGGCAACCCGUCCGCGCCAGAUUCGUGUAAAUUCGACAUGUCUGAUUCAUUCGCGAAUUGGUUCGCGGCCACGCCUCGGGACCAGAUCCAACGGUCGUCCCGGCCCCAGGCUGUCGUCGAGGCGACCCCGCAGCAGGUCGACAGCGACACCCAGGGCGCUCCACCCUCUAUUGGCAGCCAGGCACGCCAGGCUGACUCUAUCACCGCGUUACUCGGCGCCAUCCCCGAACUCUUGUACGAGCCCUCGCUGUGGACGCGGAGCAGCCUCGGCCUCAACCUUGCCAUCAUCUACCUCGUCGACGAUGGAAGCAGCGUCGACAGCCCACAAGUGCUGGUGGCUUUCCGGCAGAAGGGCGGCGUAUUCUCGACACCGGCACAGCUGGCCAAGUCGCAGGCGCUACCAGCCAACAUCUCGGACGCGCGUCUUGUGAGCCGCAUUAAGACAGAGUGGACCGGGUUGUGCGCCUCUGGCGUCGUUGGCGUCGACAGGCCUGCGCUUGUUGUGCUCAUGUACAGCCCCGACGUGAAAGCACCUGACAACAACGUCACGGCCGUCAUUGGGCACACACCGGCAAGAGCAGGCAUGCCGGCGUUGUCGGCGGCUGCAGGCAUGGCCGACUUUCUCGCGAUGUUGCAGACGCCCGGUCAAGGACUCGAGGCGGCAUGGCAGUGGCUCAGCAAGUUCCAUGACACGCCCGGUGACUUUGGCCCAGCGUUCCAGAUGCACACGCCGCUGCGUCUUAUCGACAUGGCAGGUGAUGUGGGCGACGAACGGGUAGUUGGCGUCACUGUGCGCAAGCCCUAG